GGUUAUUUUUUUUAUCUUUCUUUCUCAGCUGAAGCUUCAGUCAAACCCUCUUUCUCCUUCUACGUCGCUUAUCAUUCAUCGCGGCCGCUCUAACCCCUUCUUUUCAGGCAGCCGCGAGUGGUUUUAAGAAUUCGAUUCCCGACAUGGCGAAUUUUGCGAAACCAGAGAAUGCAUUGAAGAGAGCUGAAGAGUUGAUUAAUGUUGGGCAGAAACAAGAUGCUUUGCAGGCUCUUCACAAUCUGAUAACUUCCAAGAGAUAUAGAGCCUGGCAGAAGCCACUUGAGAAGAUAAUGUUAAAGUAUGUAGAGCUGUGCGUUGAUAUGAGGAAGGGCAGGUUUGCCAAGGAUGGUCUAAUUCAGUAUCGUAUCGUAUGUCAACAAGUGAAUGUUAGUUCUUUGGAGGAGGUGAUCAAGCACUUCAUGCAUCUUUCUACUCAGAAAGCUGAGCAUGCUCGUAGUCAAGCAGAAGCCUUAGAAGAAGCUCUUGAUGUUGAUGACCUUGAAGCUGAUAAAAGGCCAGAAGAUUUAAUGCUAAGUUAUGUCAGUGGAGAGAAAGGAAAGGAUAGAUCUGAUCGUGAACUUGUUACUCCUUGGUUCAAGUUUCUUUGGGAGACAUAUAGAACGGUGCUUGAAAUACUGCGGAACAAUUCCAAGUUAGAGGCACUCUAUGCGAUGACAGCACAUCGGGCAUUCCAGUUUUGCAAGCAGUAUAAACGGACAACAGAAUUCCGAAGGUUGUGUGAGAUUAUAAGGAAUCAUUUAGCAAAUCUAAAUAAAUAUAAAGAUCAGAGAGAUAGACCUGACCUUUCAGCACCUGAGAGUUUGCAACUGUAUCUCGAUACAAGAUUUGAGCAGCUAAAGAUUGCUACUGAACUUGGACUCUGGCAGGAAGCUUUUCGUUCUGUUGAAGAUAUUCAUGGAUUGAUGUCCAUUGUCAAGAAAACUCCCAAGGCUUCCUUGAUGGUGGUUUAUUAUGCCAAGUUAACUGAAAUAUUCUGGAUUUCAGGAAGCUAUCUUUAUAAUGCUUAUGCAUGGUUCAAGCUAUUCACACUCCAAAAAAGCUUUAACAAAAACUUGAGUCAGAAGGAUUUGCAGUUGAUAGCAUCAUCAGUUGUUUUGGCUGCACUAUCAGUGUCCCCUUACAAUCAAACAAGUGGUGCAUCACACUUGGAACUUGAAAACGAGAAAGAACGCAACAUUCGAAUGGCAAAUCUUAUAGGAUUUAAUAUUGAAUCUAAACUUGAGAACAGAGAAGUGUUGUCCAGAUCGGCAGUUCUCACAGACCUGGUAUCCAAAGGUGUUCUUAGUUGUGCGACUCAAGAAGUAAAAGAUCUUUACCAUCUUUUAGAGAACGAUUUUUCCCCUCUUGAUGUUGCAUCUAAGAUUCAGCCUUUGUUGAUGAAAGUAUCAAAACUGGGUGGGAAGCUGGCUUCAGCUUCAUCUGUACCCGAAGUUCAACUCUCUCAAUAUGUUCCUUCCCUUGAAAGGCUUGUUACCCUCAGGUUGCUUAAGCAGGUGUCCCAGGUUUACCUGACAAUGAAAAUUGAGAGUUUGUCUCAGAUGAUCCCCUUCUUUGAAUUUUCUAUGGUGGAAAAGAUUUCUGUUGAUGCUGUGAAACAUAAGUUCAUAGCCAUGAAAGUUGAUCACAUGAAGGGUGCUGUGCUGUUUGGUAAUAUGGGUCUUGAAUCUGACAAACUUCGCGAUCACUUGACUAUUCUUGCUGAGUCUUUGAAUAAAGCGAGAGCAAUGAUAUACCCCUCUGUGAAGAAAUCAUCUAAGCUGGGUGAAGCUUUACCGGGGUUAGCAGAAAUUGUAGAUAAGGAACACAAAAGACUUCUUGCUCGGAAAUCAAUCAUUGAGAAAAGAAAGGAAGAACAAGAGCGUCAACUAUUGGAAAUGGAACGUGAGGAGGAGUCAAAGAGGCAGAAUUUACUGAAGAAAACUGAAGAAGCAGAGAAAAAGAGGCUUGCUGCUAUGUUUGAGCAACAGCGAGCUGAAAGAAUUCGUAAGGAAAUAGAGGAGCGGGAGCUUGAAGAAGCACAGGCACUACUACAGGAAACUGAAAAGCAUUUGAAACGAGGGAAAAAGAAGCCACUUUUAGAUGGGGAGAAAUUAACGAAGCAAACCUUGAUUGAGCGGGCUUUGAGUGAGCAGCUCAAGGAGAGGCAAGAACAGGAGAAGAGGCUACAAAAGGUUGCCAAAACAAUGGACCACCUAGAAAGGGCAAAGAGAGAGGAGGCAGCCCCCUUGAUUGAAGCUGCUUUUCAACGACGUCUGGUAGAAGAGAAGGCACUUCAUGAGCGUGAGCAACAGCUGGAAGUUGAGUUGAGCAGACAGCGCCAUGACGGUGACUUGAAAGAGAAGAAUAGGCUGGCACGCAUGUUAGAAAACAAGAUGAUUUUCCAGGAAAAAGUAAUAAGUCGUCGGCAAGCUGAGUUUGACCGAAGGAGAAUAGAAAGAGAGAAUAGAAUCAAUCAAAUCAUUCAGGCCCGGAUGCAGGAAAGAGAUGUCAAGAGAAAGAAAAUAUUUUAUGUGAGGUCUGAGGAGGAACGAAUAAAAAGGUUGCACGAAGAGGAGGAAGCUCGUAAACGCAAAGAGGCUGAGAAACGAAGGAAAGAGGAAGCUGAACACAAAGCAAAAAUGGAUGAGAUUGCCGAAAAGCAGAGGCAAAGAGAACGAGAAUUAGAAGAGAAAGAAAGGCUGAGGCGAGAAGCUCUUUUGGGAAGGUCUGCAGAGGGGCUUUCUAGGCCUUCUGAACUUCCUACUGGAUCCCGCACAACAGAGCCUGGAGUUGCUCAAGCUGCUGCUCCAUCUCCCGGGAAAUAUGUUCCUAGGUUUCGGCGAGAAAGACCGGAAAGCUCUGGGCCAGCUCCACCUGAACCCGAUCGAUGGGUCAAGCCAGCACCCUCAGAACCAGAGCGAUUAACUGCGGGCAGCAGGGCUCCUCCACCGCAAUCUGAUCGCUGGACCAGUGGCAGUAGGGCUCCACCUCAGGAUUCUGAUCGUUUAGGCAGUGGUGGUAGCAGAGCAUUACCACCAGAUUCGAAUCGUCUGGGUGGUGGUAGCGGCAGCAGCAAACCAGAACCCUGGCGACCAUCAAGGGCUCAACGUGGUUGAUCCAGCUUCUGAUAUUCAAUGGUGUGCUGAAAUGCAAAAAGUUUUGUACUUGGAACUGUUUAUGAUUGUCAGUGACUUGUAACAGACAACGUUGUGACAUACUAUUUUUGAAGACAUCAAGACAUGAUAAAGUUGUGUUAUGUGUUUUAUUUGUUUAUCUUUUUACUCGGUGGAUUACUGCAUUUUGUAUGCCAAACCGUUUAGACAGUGUUAAAGCUGAAUU